AAAUAUUGAAGAUUAUUAAGCUCGCAUCACUCCAGCGUUUUACACAAUUAAAUCCCGUUUCAAAGCGUUUAGAAGCAGAUAUUUAAGUGGAAGAUGAACGCUCUGUGUUUCUUUGUGGCUCUCGCAGGUGUUAUCCAGACUAUCAGAGGUGAGACAUGUGAUGCAUGUAAAACUACCUACGAUGCUGCUGUUGGCGUCACGGGGGCUACUGAUGCUGUUAAGUGCACGGCGGGGAAAGAGUUUGCCGCGUGUCUCGUGUCUGCCAGUGGAGCUGGGUGUGAUACUGGAACUAACACCCCCACCGCACAGUUUAACGCAGCCACUGAUGGAUCAAUGGCCAAGAAUAUCGCAGCUCUAACUGGUUCAUGCACACUUGAUGCUCUGUGUACCGCGUGUCAGAAGGAUUUUCAAACUGCUGUCCUCGCCUGGGGCUCGACAACGAAAGAUACAACAAAAUGCGCGGACGCAUUUACAUACGCCAGCUGCGUAGAAAUGAAACCCACUACUGAGAAGGCGUGUGAUGGAACCACAGAUCAGGCCGCGAUGAAAACCAACUCGUUGGCCAAAGCAAAGGCCGAAUGUUCGUAUGCUGGAUCCACCGCAGUGAAGUCAUCUGUCGUCAUAAUGGUGUCGGCUCUGUUUGUGUCUUACCUCAAGUUUUGACUCCCACCUGCUUGUGACAUUUAGCCAAGUGCUACACUAACAGUUUUCAGCUUGUAGACUCGUACUGUGAUUAUUAGUCUACUCAUUCCUGACGCGUUAUUGUAGACUCUCUACAGUGGAUAUAUGACGUGAAUGGCAUUCACCGAAUCAUAUCAACCAUGUCUCUUACUCUGUUUAAACACUUCUGUGCUUCUCGUAAUAAAGUAAUACAUAUAAUAAAGUAUCUGUGUUAGAAA